UUGAUGUAGGGUUUAAUCUCUGAUAUGUACUUGUGGAUAAUGCAGAUGGAUGAUAUGUAUGUGGUACCUAUUUUUCACCACGGAGGCCGUUUUGGUAGAAAACCCAGUGAAACUCUUGAGUAUAUUGGUGGGAAAGUUGAUAAAUUUUCGAAGAUGGACUUAGCCUUCAUGAAUUUGGGGAUUUGGUGACGUUGUUCAAGGGUUUGGGGUAUGCAUCAUAUAGGGCAGUAUAUUGGUUUGACCCAACUAGCAGUGAUCUUGAGGUUGGACUGCACAUUCUGAGAAGAGAUGCAGGCAUCAAUGAACUUCGAGAGAACAAGCUGAAGAAUUCAACCACGGAUGAAUUCUACAUAUACUUCGACCAUCCCAUUGAUGAGCCACAGAUAGUGGAAGAAGGGGCUGCGGCAGAAGCAGGGGUGGAAGAGUUUGAUGACCCUAUUGAUGUGGACAACAUCAUGAGAAAGCUCCAAUCAUCACCAUCCAUAGAGGAUGAUGGGCAUGAAAGUGAGGAAGAUGAAAUGUAUAAACCUCCUCUGACUGACUCGAAAACUGUUUCAGAUGACAAUAAUUCUAGUGUUGAUGAAGAAGAUGAUAUGAAGAGGAAAAAAAGAAGUCUGAAAGGAAAACAAAGACAGAGUUAAGUGGAGUUAAAAACAGAGGUAGAGUAAGCAGUGCAAGUGGUAGUGCUACCAAAGGUGAUGGGCCUACUGUGAAGACCAGAGGAAGUAGGCCCACUGCCAAGCCCAAAGGAACUGGGCCAAGAGAAAAGCCCAAAAGACCAGGCCUGCUGCGAAGCCCAAAAGGAAUGGGCCUAAUGCAAAUCAACAAAGAAGUAGGCCUGUUGUACAUGAUGAAGAAGUUGUGCCUACUGUAUCCCAGGGAUAGGCCUCCAAUUGGACUGUAUGUGAGUGAGAAGGUUUCAGAUGACGAUGAUCCGAUUUAUGAGUAUGAAUUAGAGGAUCUUCACACACCAGUAUCUUCAGAGGAUGAGGGAGAGAAGCAUGAGUUUCCAGUUUUUGAUGAAAAGUAUGGGUUCGGUGAGGGUAGAUUCGAGAUUGGAACCAAGUUUGUAACCAUUGAUGGGUUCAAAAAAGUGGUAAAAGAUAUGUUCAUUUCUGAAGGGAGGGAACUCCUGUGGAUAAAAAAUGAUAAGGAAAGGGUGAGGGUUGGCUGCAGGGGUGAAGACUGUCCAUGGCUAGCACAUCUAUCCUACAACAAAACAUUGUUAUGUUUUCAGGUAAAGACUUACAAGGCAGAGCAUACAUGUGCUAGAGACCUGGGCAGUAAUGCUGCUGAUCAACACUGGGUCAGCAAGAAAGUGGAGAAGAUAAUGGCAAGUCAACCUCAUAUGACAACCAACGAGGCAAUUGACUUUUUUAGAGAAGACUUUAAUCUAGUGUUGCAUCCGAAGAUGGUUUACAGGGCAGUGAAAGAGGCCAAAGAGAGGAUUAUGGCAUGGAGAAAGGCCAUAACUAUAAGACCUGUAAGGGAGCACCAAGCAACCCAAACUGGAAACCAAAAAAGAAAAAAGCUAAGAAGACUGAUGAAAACACACAAGACAUGGUGGUGCUUCCCUUUUCACAAUCAGCCCCUCAACCAGAUGAUCAAAACCAGACACAGACUGAUAUUUCUGCUGAGACUAGUGCUGUGCAAGAAAAUACUCCAAGUCAUGUCAUCAGCCAGAAUGCUGCAGCAACAACACCAUCUGCUCCAAUCUAACCUCCAUUCAGGCCUCCAUCCCAAUUGCCAAGAAUGGAGAAACCCAAAACCCCAACUGCUGCCUCUAAAUUCAGACCCAAGCAGACAAUUAGAAGGCCCUGAACAAGUACAAAUCCACCUUCAAAUCGACCACCAACUCCACCCCAAGAUACACCCCAGACUCAAAGCACCAGCACCAGUGUGACACCUUCAGAGGAGACCUUGAAAGUCGCUGGCAGUGAGGCCAUAGGAAUUUUCAAUUUCAUCCCAACUCCUGGAUCCAACAAUCAGAAGAACUAAACACUACUGAAUGAAUUUCUAUUUUUUGUCCUAGUCUUUAGUAUGAAUUAAACAACAUUGUCUACUUAUCGUAGUUUGCCAAACUUGUUUACAUGCCAACCAGAUGUUUUGUUAUUUUGUGGCAAACUUAUGCUGUUAUGUUUUGGAUUAAGACAGAUACAUUGUUGUUUAUAUUUUGGUCAUAAUCUAUGCAGAAUUACUACCUUAUA